AUGAGGGCCACGAGGGAAGGGGGUGCGGAGCAGGAAGACAAGGUCGCCGCCUCCGCUGCGGCCGCUGUGUUUGCGCGGCCCGAGCUGUUCCAGUCGCAGGCGAAGGCUACCCCUUGCGCGACGCUGCCCGUGACGUUAGACAGAGGAGCUGCAAAUGGGAACUCGCAGGUGGAGGAGGGAGCGCACAGUCGCUUGCCGAUGUCAAGCGAGGCGCUGCUGACGAACACUUUGCCGGCAUCGGGGGACGUGGAGGGCGUGCAGCUGUCUGCUUUGCGGAGCUCGGAGGCGCAGCAGCACCAGCAGCAGAACCAGCCGCCGUCGUUACCGCAAGGCGCAUUAGCCGUGCCAUCCACCCUAGCGGCACCGGCUUGGUGCUGUGUCCGCCGCCCCGGCGCGGCACCCGCGUGCGCACGUCCCUCGCCACCGUCCCCGUGUGGCCCACCGACGUCCCGGCAGCCACGGCGUGCGACCCACGCUCUCCGAGCGCCGCGUCUCCGCAAGUUGCGGACGGUGACCCGGUCCAUCCGCCGCUCGCUCCCAAUCCGCCCGACUCGCUCUCCGCCGCCGCGUCGGCGCUCCCAUCUCCCGAAGCGAAAACCGGGCAGGAGUUAUCCCAGAGCUCUUCCUCGGUCCAUUCGUCGUCGGCAACGUCCUCUGCUAGAAGCCAAGAGGGGGCGCAGUCGUGCGUCAAUCCGGCGCCGGCACAAGCCGCUGCGGCUGACGGCGCGGCCCGGCUCGUUCCCGCGGACGGCGGCGCCGAGCCCAGGCAGGCGGCCACCGGGCAGGAGGAGAGCGGCGAGACGCAGGACGGGGUGGCGGGGGGAGGAGGAGGAGGAGGAGAACUGCAGCAGGCGGAGCAGGCAGCGUCAGCGGGCUUCAAAGCCGCCUCGCAGAGCCCCCGGCCGGCGAGCGAGCCGACGCGAACGGCAGGCAGCGCUGCGGACACCCCCCCGGAGAAAAAAGAGAGCCCUCAAAAAGAGUGAAGGUCAAGCCGCCCCAUUGAAGCGAGCCUUUGACUCGGUGGACCAGGUCCUGUCGGAGGUCGACUUUGAGGGUCGUUUUGCGGAGUUACCCGAGUUCCGCCCGGACGAGGCCCUGCCGUCGCCCACGCUGCACGCGCUCACCACGUCGCCGCGCGCCAUCCUCUCCAGCUACCGCCGCAAGCGCCGCAACUCCACGGACCUGGAGGGGCCAGGAGAGGAAUGCGGAUCACCUCGCCGUCGCCAGAGACAGCGCUCCAGCUGCAGCUCUGAGCCCGGAACACCUAAACGUAUUGCCGAGGGGGGUCCCGGAACUCCUAAAAGGGUGCCGGACGGGGGCCCUGGCACCCCGAAAAGGGGGGCAGAGGGGGCUCCGGGGACGCCCAAGAGGGCGGGAGAAGGAGGCCGAUGCGAGGGAGAUGUCUUCCUGUUCGACCGGCCCGGCACAGGGCUCGACAUGCUGGCCGAGGCGGCCAGCCACCGCACGGGAUCGCAAGGCUCGGAGGGCUCGGAGGGCGGUGGGGACCUGGACCAGGACAAGACUGCAUACUCGUCACUGCGUCGCACGCUGGACACGCGGCGCGCCCUCGUCAUGCAGCUCUUCCACGAGCAUGGCUUCUUCCCAUCCGCGCACGCCACGUCCGCCUUCCAGCUGAAGCACGCCGAGAUCUUCCCAACCAAGUCCUGUCUGCAACUCAAGAUCCGUGAGGUCCGGCAGAAGAUCAUGCAGACGGCAAGCAGUACGGACACGCAGGCCGUGGUGGCGUCCGCCCCAACGAUACUUGGAGCCCUGCCAGAUGAGCACUCCCAGCAUGCAUCACAGCCGCCAGUACAGAUGGAUUUUUUGCCGGAGUCUCCGUGAUGGGACCAUGCUGCUGCUGUUGUUGCUGCUGUUCUUGUAAUGCGAGUGACUGUGUAAGGGUGGUUUCAAAUAUAUUCCCUUUUUUGUGUUUCUUUGUAAAACCAGAUAUGUUAUUUGUAUUCACAGAAAUAUAUUUGUUAAGCUGUGAUCAAAUGGAACUGAUGGCAGGGUUGGGGGGGUUGAUGCUUUUGAUGCUGUGAACUUAAUAACAAUGGCAAGUUAUUUUACACGGCUCGUUGUUUUACAUGACUAGUUAUUUUACAAAUAACUAUUUUACAAAAAACUAGACAGUUUUGUGCAGCCUCGUUUCAGUUGUUUUUUUUUUUGUGCCCUGUGUUGUUCGAAUAGCUUGUUAUUUUUUUGGCUGGGAAAUUCCACAGGAAUAAUUUUUUUUUCAACUGUGAAAACGAUGCAAGGCAGGGUUUGACGCAGUUUUAGCUCCUAAACACCCGUGCCAAGUCGCUCACACAUUGCCGUAUUGACUAGUACUGUGAUAGAGGUAGGCAGUAUAACGUCGCUUAUCCGACUCGCUUGGGACGGAGGUAUGGGCAGAUAUGUGAAAAAGUCAGAUAUGUGAAUGUCUAUAGAAAACCACAGUUUACACCAUUGUGCACAGGUAGGUCACUGGACAAAAAAGUGCAGCCCAAACUGCUUUAACUGUAGGGAAAUUGCUUUUACUGCGCUUUAGAAGUGAGCGAAAUUUUGCGAGAUGACCUCGCGCAAAAAGAGGUUGGAUUUGUGACCAUCUAUAAAAAUUGAUACGCCAUGCUGCAGUUCGGCACUGGGUUUUGGGCUGUGAAUUGGUCCUGGUGGAUGAUACGUGACGGUUGGAUAUGCGACAUGUACUGUGUGUUAUUGGUGGCCGAGGAUUUCGUAGACUCGGUCUUUUUCGGGUUGUAGUCGCCUGACACCUAGUCGCCACAUAAGAGGGCCUGGAUUCUCUAAUCUGGAGGGAUUCCUCUUGGUGGACUUGGCCUGUGUAUCCCAAAAAUUUCUUCCCGCAGCGGGGUGGACCCUGUUGUGUCUUGCGUGUAGGGUGCGCCCCGGUUAUACCAGUGCAAUGGAAAACGUCGUACUCCCUGGUGGACUUAGCUGUGCAAUCGGUCACAGCAUUACCCAGUGCAAUCGGCAAAGAGAGUGAGUGUGUGUGCGUGCUGGCUGGUGGGGACCUGCCUGUACAACCUGUACGAUGCUGUACUGUUGUGGUUGGUGGAAUCAAGGGCGCAGCAACACUUUGGAAGCUGGCGGUAUCUGUCGUGUGUGCGAGUCGACUGAAUCUGUGUGAAUGUAUGUGUGCUGUGAAUGUGUGUGCCGACUGAAUCACUGUACGGAGUAAAUGUCUGUUGUGCUGACUGUGCACUGACCGUACAUGUGUGCUGGCUGUGUGUGUUGUGUGAAUGUGUGUUGACCACACGUGCGUGCUGACUGAGUUUGUGUUUUCUGUGUGUCUGUGUGUGCUGACCAGGGGCACAAUAUUUUGCGGGUGUCUUUGCCAUAUUUAAAAGUUGGGGGUGUCUGGACACCCACGACGCUCAGUGAUUGGCAUGGGAGUGAAUGAUUGGCAUGGGAGUGAAUGCUCUUUGAUGGCAUUGUGGUGAACAAGGUGGCUGGCGAUGGCGGCGUUUGCUCAUUCGCGUGCCCGAACUUGUGCCCCGUUCAUUGAACCUCCCCCAUACACUUCGAUGAAAGAACCACAGGACACCCACUCCUUUGUUGGCAGAAUGGCCGUGGGAAUGGUUCACAAAAUCUGCUUUAUGAUGAUGGUGUAUGUACGAUAGCUAUAUAUGAUAAUAAAAUGGCAAACUUGUAUUCUUAAAGAUCGUGUUGAUGCGGGCAGCAUAGAGACGUUAGUUCACAAUGUAAACGAAUCCCUCCCCCCCAGCUAGCGCUCGCUGAAUACAUUACUACGCUCUUGUGUGCUUGUGAAGGUAUCUUUGAAAGUAAUGUACCGCUUAAUUCAACAUAGUAAUAAAGUUAUCGAGCUAGUUUCGUCGCGUGCCCGUGUCCGAGUGAAGGAGUACGCAAAGUGGAUGUUGUAAAUAAAAAAACUAGAGCUGGGAUGAUUAUUCAA